AUGAAAUUAGCCAUUGAAGGACAAAUGAUCGUACCAACAUUUGAUAUUGAUUUAAUGUGGCAUGCUAGCAUGAAUAAUCCAUCAGAAUAUGAAAAAAUAUCAAAAGCUCUUUGUGGCUUUCUCCUUGAUCAUAAUGACUCGAUUGAUAAACUCACUCUAGAGAAGGCUUAUCAAGAAACAGCUGCUCGAUGGAACAAUGUUUAUAAGAUAGAAUACGGUCAGAAUAUUGACAAAAGUUAUUUAAGUACAUCAAAAUACGUUGGCAACUGCGCAAUGAUAGUCGCACCAAUAUUAUAUACAAGUGCUGCUAACCGUGGAAAAAGUGGCACAGGAUAUGGUGGGGGUGGUGGGGGUAGUGCAGGAUGUGGAGCAGCAUGUGGCGCUGGGGGAGCAUGUGGCGGUGCUGGAGCAUGCGGCGGGGGUGGAGCAUGUGGCGGUGGUGGAGCAUGUGGCGGGGGUGGAACAGGUGGCGGUGACGGAUCAUGUGAUGGUGGCGGUGGGUGUGGUGGCGGAUGUGGUGGAUGUGGCGGUGAUUAA